AUUGCUCCUGAACAUCUUAGUUUUAAUUUACAAAAUCUCUACCAAGUCAAAAGCUUCCAAAAGGUGCCUUACAAUGUCAGUUCUUGAUCUCUGGAGGUGCAGAAAGGUUCUCUGUCUCAAACUUCUCAUCAGCAUGUGCAAAAUGUAAUUUUUAAUUACCUUUUACAUGCAGUGGCAUGAAAACCUCUGCAGUUUCAGCUCUGAGACAAAUGCCUCACCUCUACAACAGACUCUCAGGACAGGAUUCCUUUGCUUUCUUCCUCAGCCUUACCAUCCACCCCUCCUGUAAUUUUUAAGAUCUCUACUGUCAUAACACCAAGCAGAAAUUCACCUGCAUUAUGAUGGUUGGUUUUCAAAGUAUCCUAUUCUCUUUAACACCUUAUUAUUUUGUAAUAUAUUUUACAUAACUGAGAAAAUAUUUUUUGCUACUGUAAAUAUUUAAAAAACCCCAAACCCUAGAGUAGCUUGGUUUGAGUAUGGGUUAUAGUUGGUCCUUUUUCUUCCUGUACAGUUCCCAUGAUGCCACCAUUUUCUGUAAGUUGGAGGAUAUAAAAUGCAGAUUUUUGUUACCUGUAAAUCUUGCAUGUGUGAUUCAGAGGAGGUGAAUGAGCAGAAGACUCCUGACUGAAGGUUCAUCUACACUGUUCCCUCAGCUGUAGUCCUGAAUGAAGCAUUCCCUGAUGGACAGCAGGAGGCUGCUGUGUUCAGCCCCGUCAUAGUCCGAGGUAAGCAUUUGCAAACAGCAGCAUUCCAGUAUUUCCAGAGGGGAGGAUGUUGUAAAUAUCUAGAAACUAAAUUUCUGUUCAGAGCGUUUAAAAUCAUGGAACAGUCAGAUGUGUAAGAUCCUUCUAGGAAUAACAGUCAUAUUCCCGUCAUAGUGAUGGUUCUGCUUUAGAUUAGGCUGUUAUUUCAGGCUUUUCAUCAUGCAAAAGGGAUUUGACUUACGGGCAAAAGUCAGGUAUUUUGACAGACUGUACCUUUGGAAACAGACAAAUGGUAGUCCAAAAGGCAGGAUAAACUAACUCUUGAUUGACAACACACUGAGAGGAAAGUGACAGUUCAGAGAGAUAGGGAAGCCCCGUGUAUUUUCAAACACAUUCUUAUGUGCUGUUGCUGAGAAUUUUGCUGGCAGUGAAAGUGUUCCUGACUGGUUUGGGUUUAGUUCCUGAAUUUCCUUCACUUGGAGAAACUGUAUGCUGGCAAGCUGAUUGUUUUCUGUCAGAACAAUGCAGUUAGAGAUUGAUUUUCUUUCUGGCUCCAGGAUUUGAUAGUGAAUCAGUCCUUUGGAUGUUUGGACCUAAAACAAUAGGAGAAGAAUGUUGAUUUAACUUUCAGGUGUUCCAUCAUAGCAUUUUUGCAUUGUUGUCAAUAAUUCACUUGUUUUGUUUUGGCACCUUUAAUGCAGGAAGCACUUCUGGCUGAUCCAGCCUGCAACUUUAUUUCCUUUCCUUGAACAGGAAUGGUGUUGUUCUUGAGAGAACUUAACACAAAAACAAGAAGCUGCUGUUUCCUCUGCUGGAAGAACCCAGUGUGUUCAAAGGCACAUAACUUGAUUAAGCUUAUGAUGGCUGAAGUGUUGUGUAUUUGUUUCUUUGUGCUCUAGGCCUUUAGUCAGCAGCUUUUCUGGCCUUCUGCUGCAGGUCUUGUAGAAUAAUCUGUGGUGUGGUCUUUGUUCUUAUAGUAAAACCUGUCUAAUCUGUCUGAUUUGGCAGUUUCAAAAAACAUAGCAAAACUCUUACCUGGCGUGAAAAACUGGAAAGCAUGGAAAUAAUGUUUAUAGUUUUCCCUGCAAAUUUUUUUUUAUGUGGUCCUAAAAAACUGACUGUCUGCAAUGGCUGCAACUUAAAAUUAAUGUGACAAACAUGUUUGGCUUUAGUUAUUGUUGGUAGUGCAUUAAUGGUAAUGCACUAAUUUUUCAGCUUUCUCAUUGAAGCAGCAUGAUUUUCAGUUGUCUGAAUGGAAGAAAUUAUCUCCUUCUGGACUUCGAAAAAUGUUUCUAGUUUCACAGAUAUAUAUAUGUUUGCAUUUUCUAUUUAGUGGAAAACGGGAAUGAAACAAGCAUGUAUGAAUUUCUUUAUCUUGGGGCUGCUUGUGAAGGAUGUUUUGUAGAGCUUGCAUGUUAUAUCUAAACAUGGAAAACAGGAUUAGAAAAUAUUUCACCAUAGGGGGAAAGGUACAAAGAAGGGAAGAACAUAGUCUUAGAGGGAUUUCUGUCCUGAGGGAUUUAUACUGCACUUGUGUAGCUGCAGCACCAUGAUCAAAUAGAAGUUAGGACAAGUUACUACAGCAAAAACAACCCCUGUUUCCUGCAAAUUAAAAACCAAGAUAUAGAGCUUGACUCCAGACAGUCAUUGGCUGAGAUUUUCAGACAGAAUACUGAAAGAGAUGAAAGUUGCAUAUUGUUCAAAGUAUCAACAAAUAAAGACCUAGUUUGUAAGGUUUUAAUAGUUUCUUUAUAACUUUCCCAUUUGACUUGCAGCAAAAUACCAAAUAGGUACAAAAAUUACUGCCAUUUCAGAUGGAAGUCUGUAGUUUGGGCCCUUUCUGGUGUAGGUGCUUACUUGGUUCACAGUUCAGUAGGUGACACUCCAUUCCUCUCAAAGGGACUGUCUCUUGAAACUCAGAUUUGCUGCCAGAAAAACGGUGGUUCUUUAGCUCUGAUGUUGAGAUACCUGAAGAGGAACACAAUUAAGAAACUGAUGCUAGAAAACUACUAAAAAUUACAUUUAUGCACAUAUUUACUAAUGAAAUAAAUCUAAAAAGACGUUGAAUUCCUCCAUUUCUAUGUUUUGCCAAAUUAACAAGGAAUGCAUGGAAAUGUUUAUCUGAAGCUCAAGGGGAUUUAGCAGUCUUUAAGAUAAGAAUAUUGUUAAAUGCCUUCUCAAGGUUGGGUCAUCACAUGGAGUAGGGCAUGGAUUUAGGAAUAUUCCUAAAGUAAGGCAUUGCUUUGGUUCUCAGCAGCAUCAAACACCUUGUUACCAUACUAGGCCAGCCAUAGUCAUUCAGAGUGAAUCUAAAGGAAGAGGUUGCUCUUCAUCCCCAGAAUAAGCUCUUUAAAGCUCUAAUGAAUCUAUCUUAUGGCCAGGAGGAAACUAAACCUAUGUGGUGGGAGCUGGCAUUCAUCAGCUUAUAACUCUAUUAAUAGCAUCUUCAAAACUACAAAUAUCCACAGUGCUCAGAAGGAAAUUUUAUUGUUUUCCUCAGUCUAACGAGCUUUAAAACAGCAUGAGAUUACAAUAUAGAAAUGCUAGGUCAGUGCAGACAGCAGUGCAGCUCCCCAGCAUGACUGAGUGAGGAAGGCCAGAAAGCAGUGGAACCUCCUGUAUUUUUAUUAUUCCUGACAUUAUUGGUUAGAGAGCCUCGGAUGUCAUCGUGUUUAGUACACUGGUUUGGGUUUGUAUGUGGAAUCUUCACAUUAGGACUGUUCUAUUCAAAAGCAGUAGGAGUAGAAACGGCUGCAGCACUUCCGUCUGGUGUGAGAGCACAGUGCCAGUGUAAGUGCUCGGGAUCUUCUUGCGGGAGUGAGACCUUUGUGUGGCUUGAGAUAAAUGACAAUUCAUGAAUUUCUAUGUUGUGUCCCUUCAUUUUAUCAUUCACAAUGUCAGCUCCUUUUUCACCCUUCAGCUCUCUUGCUGUAGCCACAGGAAGCAAUCUCAGCUAAAGUACCAUUGAGCAUCUUCUGAGAGAUAAUGGCUUUUGUGUUCUUCCAGGAAAGGUUUGAAGGAUUCUUGGGAGUGCAUCUCUCACAUGUAGACAUACUUGUGAAGACUUAGUUUCAGAAUCAUUUGGACCAAACAGGUCAACCCGAUUAAUCUCUUUAUCCCUUAUGGCUGCUGGAUUUUUCACAUCUUGAAGGUUCCACACUCACUGUUCUUUUUUGUUGGUACAUUCCUUAUUUCACCUGGGAAUGUUUGAACAGUGUAACUUGCUGUGUAUUUCCAUUUUAGUCUGUGUGUUGUAAGAUAACAGACUUGCUAAACUUGGUUGAAAAUCUCUUCCUUUUCUGGAGCUGUAUCAGCCUUCUGAUUUUGAUUGAUUUCUUGUGGUCUUGGCUUCUUGACCUGUAUGGUUGUCAGGGGAUUGCGACAUGUCUAAGCAGAACUGGCCAUUGUGGGGUGUUUCAUUUGUUUUUGCAGCUGGAAGCUGGCGAGUGGAUCACUUUUAUCCUGAGAUGAUCAGGUUAAUCUGACCUCUGGUGUGCUCCCUACUCUUCACACCUUCUCUUCACCAUGAGUGCAAAAGUGAUUGUGAAAAUAUCCUCAAAUCUCUGUACAAGGAUUUUGGAGUAGUGAGAGGUGACCUUUGAUGUUUGCUGCCUGAAAACCAGCCAAUCACAGAUUCUCCAUAUCCAAUAUGCAUGGAUAUGGGAGAGCCUCGUAUCUGGGAGCGGACACUGGGCUGAGGUGGUGGGAGCAGGAGAAGGAAGGGCUGUGAGGGAGCUCCCCAGAGAACAGGAAUGGGAGAAAUGACAGAACUGGGAGGCUUGGAGGCAAAAACACGAGAGAGCUGAAAGGGGUGAGGGAAGGAGGGAGCCUGUGCAGAGGUGUAAAAAGAUGAAUAGGAAGAGAGUAUUGCAUUUGAGAAGAAUGGAUAUGAAAUGACCAAGUAGAAGGAAAAGCUGUGAGAAAGGUGAAGAAAGGAACAAAUUAAAAAAAAAAAAAAAAGUGAUAAGACAAAUCAUUCUUAAAAUAUAAGGAAUCUAAAUAGUCACAGUGAAUCACUGCCUGACCAAUAGAACUUUAACUAUGAAAAAAAAAUAAAAUCAAGUAUGCAACAAGCUUAUUUUUGGGUCUAAAGUCACGAACUAGUGCUACUGAGAACCAUUUGCAGUGGUUAUAACAUGGCAUGAAGACUGAGUCACGAGGACUUUUACCAGAAGAUGGGAUUUGGGGACAUCCCUAAGUGCAUUUUUUCAGAUAUUUGCGUGAAGAGCUGUGUUAAAACUUCUAGGACUGAAAGAGUCCCAGACCUGCUUGCUGUUACUUAAUCCUUGUUAAGAAAAUUCAAUCCUUCUAAAAAGUGCAGAAUUAUUUAUAUAAGAAAAAGAAAUGCUCUUUAUAAUUUUCUCCAUAAAUGUGAUAUGUUAGGGUAUUUUUUUCUUUUUCACUGCCUUAACUGAGCUUUUUUUUAAGCUUUUUUUGCUCUCUCCAAAAGUCUUAAGCCAAUCACUUAAGAGUCAACAGACAGUUAGUGCUUAAUUAAUAAAAUUGUGUGUGAGCUUCAUCAUAGUCUAAGGCAGAUUGACAAGGUCAUGAACAUAGGUAAACUCUUAAAAUUCUAUUUUCUUGUUAAUGCCAUAUCUUCAUUUGGAUCCCAAUAUUUAAAAGGAAAAACAACAAAACCAAAACCCUAGAAACCAAUACCAAACCACAAAACACCUUUUCCAAGUGUCACAUCUCUUGUUUAGCAGAACUUUCAGCCUGUUGGAAUUUACUCACUGAUCUCUGUUUGACAUCAAAUAUCCCUGAUAUAACUAUGAAUCAAAGAACUUUCACUUUAAUAGAUAAAGACUGCAUAACCUGGUUGGGUAAAGAUAAUAUUUGAUACAGAAAUCAAUACCAUUGUUCUUUAACAAAAUACUUAAUUUUAUAUAUAUAUAUAUAUAUAUAUAUACACCUCAAACAUGCUAUCUAAUUCUAAUCUGGCACUUCUUGAGAUGUGACUAAGAUAUUUUCUUGGGGAAAUAAAUAAAGUCUGAGUUAAUCAUCAAUGUGGGAAGGUAUUUUUAAAGUAGAAGCGUGCAAAACAGCUGUAUCACGCAAGGCUUACAGACUGCCACCGUAAAUACCAUUGUCACCUUCAUAUAGUCACCUUCAUAAGAUCAUUAAACUCAGGGGUGAUAUUCUCAUGUAAUACCUACAUAGUUCAUCAGCUUCAGAGGAGCUGCACAAAUGAGAGUAGAAGUUGACCUUUAUAAUUCAUGCACUGAGUCACAACUUCAUCUCCAAAACUGCCGUAACCGUAAUGCACUUCGCCUUUACAUCCAUUUUAUCUGCCUGCAAUUCUCAUUACUAAAUAUAAACCUGUUCUGGAAAGUUAAAGUGGACAUGUGACAGUGGCCACUUUGGAUAAGCCCCAGCACUCAGACACUCUGCCCUAUUAAUGGUUCCAUUGUAGUUCUGCCUAAUGCUCCCCAGCGCCGGUGUUUGCUUUGUCCUAGAUUACCUGAACUUGAGACAAUCAAUAAAUGCAGCAGGAGAAAGCUCCCUGUUCACUUUCUGCUACAGUUCUGCCUUUUUCUUUGCAAAUCCUGUAACAAAACAGGACCCAACAUUUCUGUUCAUUUAGCUGGAAAUACUCAAGCAUCAGACGGAUUUUAAAUGCACUUUGGCACGGCGGAAAUGUCAGGAGCACUCAGCUCAUGUAGGCAAACAAGAGGCUGUCUUUAAAAUUUUUGACGUCAGCUGGAAGAUGCAGAGACAGGUCAACAAAGUGUUAUUAGGACGAUGUUAAUUAGGACAAACCUUUAUCCUGUGACCGUGCUAUUUAAAUCUGCAAAGGGAGAGGAAUCUGGACAAAUGAAAACAAUGCCCGAGCACCAUUUCCUAAGUCUGUUGACACUAAUUGCAAUGUGAGACCUUCUGCUCUUCUUGCCCUAUAAUAGAGCAACCCUGUAUAGCUCUAGAAUUUACAGAGAAUUUAUCUCUGUUACUGCUUGCACCUUCAAAAUUAUCUUGUCAUAAAAAUACUACUUUCCAGCAAAAAAGUAAUAGGUAUUUCUUCAAAGAGUGUAGCUAGGUCAGUACUAAUGAUUUUUGUAUCAGCUUGGUUUUGACAGUAUUAUUUAGAAAAGAGUCUUGAAAAAUGUCCUUACCAUAGUGCUAUAAAAGCAGAGACAGAUUAGACUUUGAAACUUAAGUGUUCAAAAUUUUGUGAACUAAAUUAAGAUCGAGAGGGGGUGGUGGAUGGCUGCCUACUACUGCAUACAUUAAACCGUAGUUUCUCUGUGUGGUAGUGCUUACUCGCUUCUAAGGAUUUCAGCAUUUGCUGUGUACAAAUAUUUACAGUAGGCAAACCCAAAAUUUCUUUCUAGAUUUCCUUUUACAAAUGGUGCCUGAUGCUUCCCAUUUUUAACUCAAACCAGUUUCCACAUCACAGAAGGAUGCUCAAGGCUGCAGGUUAUUUGAGGGGAUGUCUGUGUGUAUAUUUGUUAAAUUUCAAUGCUUUAAACUUUCAUUUACUGCACCUGUCUUAAAAUUCAUCAGAGGAGGAAGACAAGCCUGGUAGUAAGGACACCGUCAGAAGUGAAAGGCAUGAGUAAGAGUUCCUACAAUUCACUUGGCAAGUAAGCAAGAGCUAAAAGAAAGCAGCAGCAUCCUCAGAUUCAGUGAGACUUGUUGAGAAUGUUUGGAUUGAGAGAACAAAGUGAAAAAUACCACUGUGAGGAUUCUGGUGGUGUUUACAUAAUGACAGUGCUUGAGACAAGGCUGAGGUGCCCCUGUAUGUCGUGUUGCCUUGACCUGGCUGGUCCAAAGCUUAUUGUGUUGGUUUGGGUUUGGGUUUUUUUUUUCUUUCUUUUCACUGUAUUUUCAUGGGUUUUAUGCUAAUUUUUGGUUUACUACCUUUGAGGAAUCUGUAUUUUCAACUCAGUUACAUGAACUACCUCACCUGCAAUCACCAGAGAAGAAGGAAGUUGGGGUUUUGGUUCCGUGAAAUACCAUGGUUGUGGAAGGAAAGAGGAGACCUGAGAAAGCCAAAAAGCAGGAGUAUUACACAAGUUUAUGGUAAGAAGAAGUUGGGCAAGUAACACUACCAGAAGAGAGGAAGUGAAAUUUUACAAAGGCACCCCAAUUCUGUAAAGUACAGCAGAAGCUAAAUUACUCCAAAGUUGUGUUCCCAGGCAUACCACAAAAACAUCCAGACCUGACUGAAUGUGUAAUUUGGUUUAAACCAAUUUAUCUUAUUAGUGCUGGUAGUUUCACAAUGGUUUAAAAAUGCAAGGACUUUGCAUAUUAAUGUAAAAAAUAAAAUUCUCUCUACUUGAUUUAAAGUGAAAUGAACAUCAGCAAAACCAAGUGUUAGUUCAUUCAAAAAUGUUCAUUAUGACAGAGAGAAAUUACUGAAAAAAAUUCAAAAGGCUGUAGCCUUAAAACCUGUUUGAACAAUUAUUUGAGUCUGUUCUUGUUCUCCCCCAAAUUAGCAUGAGCAGACAAAAAACAGACAUGAGUUCAUGUUGUUUUACUGAAAUACUCAUUUCUGUGAGGGAGACACAGGAAAGAGACCUUAAAAAUUUUUCUCAUAGUGUGUGUUAAAGGACAAGUGAAAUAAUUUUAAGAUCCUGGGCUAGUGAAUUCAGAUGUACUUAUUUAUGUUGUUAGUAUUUGAUUUUUCAAAACCUGUAAUCAGGCUGUGAAUGUGAGACAGUGGCACAAUGAAACAUAAUGGUGUCAAAUUUAACACCGAUGGGCAUAAUUUUCCCUACUUAUCUGUCAUUAAAAAGAUUUGGAAGCCAGCAGCAAUAAUCUAGGAAUUAUUUUCAUGCUUAUUAGUAAAGGAAUUAAAGCUGAUUGUUCUGAUAUGAGACAGCGGGUAACUUUUCCCUCUAUUCUGGUGGCUUUUUUUUUUUACUCUUAUCAGGUUUACUUGUCCCAUUCUUAAUCUUAGCAGCCGCAUUUCCACUGUCUAGGCUGUCAAAGGAACACCAAGUGCUGCAGAUAAAAUGCUAGAGGUGUAAAAAGCUCCUGCUCAGAAGCUAAAUCAGAAUCACAUGUCAACACAGUUUAGGCUCAGGCUCUGGCAGAAUGGUAGGAUCAUUGUUUUUAAUGCCAUUUACUAAUUAAAAACGAGUCCCAGAUUACGGGAAGUCUGGAAUGAAGCGGCUUACUAAAAUGGUGGUUUAACUCCUUGAACUGGCUACACCAGAGUCUAUCAUUAAGCUGUAAUUUAUUUGAAUAUUGCUCAGCAGUUACCAAAUGUUCUUCUGGCAAGAGGCAGCGCGGUUUGUGUGUUUCACACAAUCAUCCCCCCUUGUUUCGGCCGGAGCUGCUUUUACCCCCGAUGGAGACGCGUGGCAGGACUGCGGCAGGUGUAUUUUAUUCGGCAGAUGUACUGUAAACGCAUUACAGCAGAUUAGCUGGAUUUCUUCCUUUAAAUGUACACUGUGAGAUCCAACUUGCAAGCCAGCUGUUUCUUACCGGCCCGUGUAAUCUUCCCGAGCCCGGCUUUGCCUCUUGCUCUCGCAGCUAUUUCUGUAACGGGAUCGGACGAGCGAGAGCGCCGCUAUGAAUUUUAAUGCUUCCACUGGGGAAUCCCUGCCGCCUCCUCUUUUUGGAUGAGAUCCUCGAGGAAAGACCCAGAACAGAGCGAGGAGGAGGAGGCGGAGGAGGAGAAGGAGGCGAAGGAGAAGGGGAAGAAGAAGAAGAGGAGGGACAGCAUAGAGGGAGAGAGCGGAAAGGGGGAGCCGCGGGGUUUAAUUAGGGACCGUGGCGAGGCCGACACCGAGGCGGGCACUGGGGCGGGUGAGAGCCAUGGGGAAGGAAGGAUGGUUCUGGGCGUGUGUCGUUGCCUGACCGCGGCACGUCACCAGCGGCAGCAGCCGGAGCGCUGCGGUCCCGCCGCCGCCGCCCCCGCGCAUAUGCACCCGCCGGCAUCCCCCGGGGCCGGCCGCGACCUGGACAUCGCCGAGGGCAUCCCGCUGGGUUCGGGCGAGAGACAGAGCCCGCGGACCGGGCGGUAAUACCGCCUCGCUGUCCGCACGCCGCGGCCCGAGAGGAGGAGCCCCGGUGCCGCGACAGCCGCCGGCACCGCCGCCGCUCCUGCCGGCGCCCCAUGGAUAAAGCGGGCUCGCUGCACAGCUCGGUGCCCGCGCCGCCGCCCCGGCUCUACCUGCCGCGCAACUUCAGCUGCAGCGCCUGCCUCUAUGGCAGCCUGGCCGAGCAGUGCAGGGCGGGCUGCAGCCCCGACGGCGACGCCGCGCCCACGCCCGUGGUUCGGGAGGCGGCGGGCGAGAAGCCGCCGCCGAGCCGAGGCCGGGAGCCCACGCUGCCCGCCGUGCCCCCCAGCCCCACGCAGCGCCGCCGCGCCAAAUCGCUGCCAACGCCCGGCGACCGCAGCCUGCGCCCCGCGCUGCAGCAGAGCCCGUCGCGCCGCAAGACCGUGCGAUUCGCCGACUCGCUGGGGCUGGAGCUCACCUCCGUGCACCUCUUCUGCGAGGCCGACCUGCCGCGGGUGCCGCUGCCCGCGCCGCCGACGCCGCGCCCCGCCGACCUCUUCAAGACCAGGAAGCCGCCGGCGCUGGGGGACCUGGAGCCGGUGCUGUUCGGGCCGCCGCCGCCGCUGCUGGAGCCGCUGUUCCCGCCGCAUCCCGGCGCCAGUCCCGGCUUCGCGGAGCGGGUGCGGCAGCACAAGGUGAGGCUGGAGUGGGUGCGGGUAGAGCCGGUGGGGCUGCGCGGGGCCGUGCGCGUCCUCAACCUCGCCUACGAGAAGGUCGUGUCGGUGCGCUACACGCUCAAUGGCUGGGCCAGCUGCGCCGAGGCUGCCGCCACGUACCAGCCGCCCGGGCCGGCCGACGGCAUCACCGACCGCUUCGCCUUCCUGCUGCCCCUGGGUGCCGCCGCCGCCGAGACCACGCUGGAGUUCGCCGUCCGCUACCGCGUCGCCGGCGCCGAGUACUGGGACAACAACGAGGGCAAGAACUACCGGCUGCGGGGCCGGCAGCGCGUCCCGCCCGCCGACGGGCCCCCGCAGGACCCCGACAACUCCGCCUGGAUCCACUUCAUCUGAGGCGGGGCAACGCGGAGCCCGCGCAGGGUCGGGGGGACCCGUCCCGGGGGAGCUCGGCGCCCUCCCCCCGGCGCCUCCCCGCGAGCCGCCCGGAGGAGUUUUCCCGAGUUCUGUUUACAGAGGGGUAAUUUGUGUUUUCUGUGUCACUAGCGGUGACGGGGGGAAUCCUGGCUCGCCUUCCAGGCGCUCACGGGGUGUGGGCACGGAGGCCGGGCGUGGGUUCCCCCUCAGUGUCCUGAGCACUGUGGCUUCCACCAAAGCAGUGGCUGCCGGCCGGGCUCCGGUGACAGGGGCCGAGGAAUGUGCGAGGAAUGUGCCGGUCAGGACCGGAAUCCGCAGGUGAGUGCACAUCCUCCCGGCCCCGGAGGUCAGGCUGAGCUGCUGUUACCUCAGCAGGUAACGCGGAGGGCACUGCCAUAGGGCAUCCCUCCGUCCUAUUUGCCUAAUCCUGCUCAAGCAAAGCCCGGCUCCGGCGAGGGGCUGGAUCCGCCCUCAGCGCCUCGCUGACCCACUCGUGUUAAUUGUCCCGCGGGGUCAAGGGCCUGAUAGUGCAGGCUAAGGGACAGGUUAUGGUUUUGAACCCAAAAAGACAAGAGUACAGAUGUCCCAAGGCACAGCUGUGUUUCAUUGUGCGUGAAAAUGUUCGUUUUAAAGCAAAGGUGGUUUUUUGGUUUUUUUUCAUUUUGAACCCUCUUUCAGGUAUUUAAACAUAGUUAGACAAAAACCAGUAUCACAUCCUAUUUGAAACACAACUCACCGGGAGAUUUUAAAAAGAAAGUGUUUUGGUUUAGAAUUCGCGUGGUACGUUGAUGGAAAAGUUUGUCAGGAUCUAGUGUUUGUUUCGGUAGGAUUGGUCCCACAAAGCUGCUUGUGUUUAGGUCAACAGGAAAGUCGUGGAAUUGCACCAAAGGAAGGAGAGACGGCAAGAGUUGAAUCUGUAAUUCUAGUCUGCAUUACAAGUAACACCUUCAUUUUUAUUCCUGUUAAGAGUUUAAUUAAACAGUAUCAGUGCAGGAGCCAGAUUUCUGAAUUUCCUGCUCCAAAUCCUUCAUAAUAAUUUCAGUAAGUGAUGGAUUUCACAAAACUGGUGAGGUUUAAUCAGACAAAUCAAAGGAAGUUCUACCUUGCCAUAUAAAAUAUAUCAAUCAAAAUUACACAGCAUAGUGACUUCUGCCUUCAAAGGUAUGUUUUAAAUUAUAUUAGCACUAAACAUAGCAUUUUCCUUUUUCAACUUGCUUUUUCAGGAGUUCAGCUGAAUACAGGUUGUGCUGGUGCCAAAUCUGGGUGCUAAUUUUCCAGGAUUGAGGCAUGUGUGUGUUUGCUGGAGAGGGGCCUCUGCAAAUAUGACUUCUGAGAGUGGUAAAACCAUGUCAGUGUGAUUUUCUGGUUAUGAAGGGCUGUAAGAUCAGGCCUUUAAGAUCUUGGAUUUUCUGUAGGUUGUUCUGGAAUUAAAUGUAAAUUUUUACACUGCAUUUUUAUGUUUCUUGAAAGGGUUAAGCAUCCCAAGCAGCUUGAGUAAUGUCUGGAGUAAUGAGUUCUCACAGAACCUUUUGACAUCGGUGAGAAUUGAGAGCAGUUUUGUCUCCUGAGGGUCUGAUUCAGUCAGAAUAAUUAAACCCAUACAUUCUGGGGGGGAAAAAAGAGGUCUGGAAACUCGAUGGGAAAGAGUAUUUAAUUUCAUUUCUGUAGAUUACUGGUUCUGAUUUAAUGGAAGUAGUAGCAAGGCUGCUUUCUGUAGUAUUGGUAGCUUGGUUUUAAUUUCCCAGUCAGUGUUCUAAUCCCUGUGCUUUUAAUGAAACAGAACUUAACCGAAAUACACUGUCAGUAUCUUCUACUGAGUAUUUCACAAUUUAGUAUAUUAAGGUCCCCAUCUUGUAAUACAGUAAUCUUGUAAGUUGCUAGAACACAUUUAUAAAGCUAGAAUAACACAACUAGGGUCUUAAAAUGUUUGUGAUUAAAACAUAUUAAGUGGUGUAUUUGAUAAAGAAAGCCCAAGUGUCUUUUAGUUGAAUUUAUGCUUUUUAUAAGAGCCUUAAUACUGGAGAGAAGGAAGAGGACUUGUCUCCAUUUGAAAGCACUUUGAAAUCUGCUAGAAGUAUAGAAAACCAUCAUUUAUUUAUAUGUUGUAGCUUUCCAAAAGCUUGGCCUUUUUAACCAACAGAGUGAACCAACAGCUGUUAUGUGGACUGAAAAUGCUUGGAGAAAAAAGUAGUUUCUAUGCAUUUUAGAGCAACUGAUGCUGCAACUUUGCUUAUGAAGUUUUAACAAGAUUUCCUGUUUAUUGUUUCAAUGGCUUUGAAAACACAGACAGUGCUAAAGAACAUUUUUAACACUGAAAAAUUCUAGAACUCCAAAAUUAUUUUCUAGUGAUUGGCAGUUGUCAUUAACAUUCGAUUUGUGCAGUUUCUGCAGGUUUCUAAAAAUUCUCUAGAAGUCUCUAAAAAAGUUUUAAAAUCUCCUUCUCGCACCUAUGUCUUAAACACUUUCAAUCUGGAUUACCUAAAUGGAUGUACAUGCAUCAAGUGCUCAAGGAGGUUGUUGUAUUACACUUCAUUUUUUAUCAUAACUUAGGUGAACUUACUGUUGUUCUUGGCUGGAAUUUUGCAGGCAGAAUUGGGCUAUGGCUUUGUAAUACUGUUCAGAUAUUAUUGUUCUUACAUUUAUGGCCACCUUUGCCAAGCACAAAUCUGAAUAUUAAACGUUUUGAAGUUGUAGCAUACCAGGACAGUGUUUUGCACGACAGUUUCCUAAGCUUUCAAGCGGUUAAUCCUGACCUCAACCUGAAUUUUGUGAGUAACUUUAUGGGCUUGAUCAGAGAUUAUUGAUGGUACAUAUGCAAGUCCAGUAAAAGACAUAGUCUUGUAGAAGAUUUAGAGACAAAUCCAUUGUAAUGCCUGGAAAGGGAAGGCUGCACCCAGCCAGCUUUGACCUGGGAAUGCUAUUGAUGAAGUCUGUGGAAGGAGAUUGAGGUGUUUUCAUAGAAAUUAUCAGUGGCAUAUGCCAAAGCUGCACUACUUUGAUUACACAUUUGCACUUCUGUCACAUGAAUUUAUCUCCAAGAAAGAUUUAUUCGUAUUUCCACACACAUGUUCAGUUGCAAUGGCUGUAUUUUUCCACUGGCAGCAUUCAUGUAGUUUUCAAUCCAUUAGAUUUCAAUCUGAUACCAUCCAUGCCAUCUAAUACUUGCUAGAAGCAUUGUGAUAAGUGGAAAUGAAAUAAAAACAUCAAAUUAUGUUUGUAUAAUACAUAAACAAUGACUUUGAGGAGAAAAACCUGUGUUGAAGGGGGUCAUUUUCAAUUUGGCAGGACACCAAUCAUUUUAUUGGGAGCAUGAGCCAAACAACUUUUUAAAAUUAUAUUUCUAAAUAAUAUUGUUCAAGAAAAAGAAGUUUCACAAGCAAAGUUAAAUAUUUGAAAAUUUUCAAGCCUAUCUGUUUCUGGAAAAAAUGUUUUCAAUUGCAGGAUUGGAGUUCAUGCCACCUCACUUUCCAAGUGAUACCAGAAUGGUUUAGGCAAGGCAAUAAUCCUUAGGUCGUGUACUUCACUUGUAAAUGAAUUAUUCAUUGCUUAUGUCUCUGCAGAUGUAAAAAUGUGUCUGUCAUUUAUGGUGCAAAGUUGCAGCUUUAUGAAAUGUGCCAUGUUAUUUUAUGUGCACUAUAAUGUGGAUUUAUACAGCGAGUCGAGUUGUACUGUAUGUCUGAUAGACAUGGAUGUUUGCUGCUUCACGCUGGAACUGGCAGGGGUUUUGCAUGUGAUUCUAUGCCUUCUAUGGUAAUAUUUUGAAAAUUUACCCUAAUUAUCAGAAAUCCUAAAAUGAAUCAGAACUGUUAAGUGAUUGUAAAUGGAAUUUCAGCUAGCUAAACAUAUUAUUUAUUAGCAUUAAAUCACUUACUGAAGCUGUUCUACUUAUGUUCACUAAAUGUAUAUAAUUCCAGGUAAAUUAAGUUUUUUCUCCUUUUACCAUUUGCAAGUAACUUUUUGAUGUGAAUGUGUGUGCCUCAGUAUCUCAGUAAACAACAGAGUAAGUGCACACUGUUGUUUCAGCAGAUGUGAGGGCAAAUGUAUCACUUGAAUGAACAAAUGUCUGUCCAUGAAUAAGCAUCAUCCCUUUACAGAUACAUGAAAUGUUUUUCCAUAAUGCCAACAGGCAAGCAGCUGCUAAUUUUAAUGUAAAGUAACCUGCAGAAAUACUCAGAAUCUGAUUUUUUGAACAGCUUAUAUACUAAAUUUUUUAUGUGCCUUUCAGCAUUUCCUAGAAAUGAAGCUCACGUGUUCCUUAGCUCUCCCACCAGAAGCCCAAUAAUUAAUUUGUCAUUAAAAUGAAAUUUUUUGCAAAAAUAUAAUAAUCUUAAUUCCUGGCACAUUUUUAGCUGUGCCAGAAAUCCUGUAUCUAUAGCAGCCAGAGAAAUCUGAUAAUAUUUUCCCAUAUUACUGUGAAAAAAAGUCAGAAAUAUGUCUCCUUGGUACACCUCUACAUUUAUGUAGUUAAGUAAAAAAGAAACCAAUUGUGACUAUAGUUAAUAUAACAGAAUAUAUUUAUUGUAUAUAUUCACCUCUUGCACAAAUAUUCUAAAUAUAUAUUCUAUCUGAAACCAGAAGUUCUAGUUUUCUAUGAAAUCUGUUUGUGGAGACCUGGCCUUUUCAAAUUUUACUGUUAUUUAUCUGAUGCUGCAUAAUGCACAUCGUUAAAACUUUUGGAUGGAUUUAAUCUGUCUGCAGAGUUUGUAUCAGGAAACAAAAGUGCUCACUGCAAGGAAUAUCUGAAGUAAAUUACUUUUACCUUCCAGCUAUUCUGCAUGACUUUUUGGCAAACCCUCAGUAAUUCUGUUUCCUGUAGGUACUUCAUGUGCACAUGUUUGGAGUAAAUGGAAGGAUUACUUAAUGGAAUGGAAGUAUUUUUGAGCACUGAAAUUCAGGAUUUUCCAACAUAAAUAGUUCAAGGCAAGAAGUAAAUAUAGUCAAUAUUGCUGUAAAACAAAGCCCACUGGCCUUAUGUAGAGCUGAUCAGUAUUUUGUUUAAAACAGAAGAUGAUGGCGUAUUUCAAAAUUCAACAUGUUCAGGGAAACACACCUGCUUCAAUUUUCUCAAGUUCAGCCAAUAGGAGAGAAUUGCCCCAAAAUAAAGAAGUGGUGAGAGUAUUUCCUUACAUCUGUGUAUGGACUUGAAUGUAGGUCUUCCAUGAGCAAAGUGGAUACUGAGCUAUAAACCACUGGCUAUUGCUUGGAGUUGUUUCUUUAUCCAACUUAUAAAUACUAUUUUAAAAUUACUUCACAGAAAGGAUUUUUGACCCUGGAUUUCCCCGCCUGGUGUGAAUAUCCUCUUCAUUCAGUCACUGGCUUUUGCUUGAGGCCUCUGUUGUUGAGGAAAGAUUUGAUUUUAUUUUUAUGCUACAUAGGAAUAUUAUUUUACAUUAGAUUUUUGGAGGGGAAAGCAGGGAAAUUUUUUCCUUGCGAUUUUCAUGUUCUAGUUAUUAAACAAUAGCAUGAAGUAUAAAAAUUGCUUGAAAUUACAUAUGCACUAGUGAUUCCAAAGAGUAUAGCUAAGAAUAAUGUCAAGUGUGAGAUGUGCUUUUUAAAAAACAUACAUGCUUUGAUCUAGAAUGGCAGGGAGAAAGUCCUAGUCUCCAGUGCAAGCUAUUAAUGCCAGGGAUUUCUUUCUAUGCAAUUCUAUGGUGCACCUGUUUUUAUAGGGAUUAACUUGAUUGGUGUCGUUCGUGUGUCACUGUGUUGUGUGUAGAAUAUUCAGUUUAAAGUGUCAUUAAGGAAACUGUGUGUCUUAAAUGGUGUUAUAACUUCAGGCUCUUUUUGUCCAACCUGACUUCACUAAAUCAUAAGAAACUCCUCUGAAUAAUAAUAACAAGACAAUAUUUCAUAAAAUUGCAUAAUCAAGUCUCACAUGUUACACUUAUCACCUUCUAGGACAAAAGUUGUGUUACUGUUGUGAGUUUUAAAAUGUUUGUAUUUCUGUAUUUUAAAACAAAAAGCCAAAUUGUACUACACUUUUAACUCAAAGAGCUAAUAAGGGUGUUUUUAAAGCUGAUUGAAAGUAGACAAAGUAAAAUUGGCUGGGAUUACUUGUGUGUCAAGUUUCUGAACUGUGGUAUAACAAAUGUUUGUGUACCUCCUUCAUGGGGGGGCACCCUGGGUGCAAAACCUGCCAAUAUCUGGGCACAAAUCCAUUUUGCACUGCAGGAAAAUUGCCGUGACAGAGAAUUGCUGUUCUUGGAGAGGUUUGAACAAACCAACUCCUCCCUUGCAGUGUUACACAAAUUGAGGUUCUGUCUGUUGAAGAGAGUGUUCUUCAACAUGCAGGUUUUUAUUACUGUUUCUUUGAUUUACUGUGACUUCGUUCUGAAAAAAAAAUUGUUACUUAACUCUGUACUUGACUAGUAAAUUACUUUUGGUUGUAGUGUCUUCUGCAAUGUUUAUAUUUCACCAAAUAAUGUUUGUUUCUAAUGUUUGUAAAAGUUAAUGUAAUAUCACCAAAAGUCAAAAUCAACAUUUUCUAAUAAUGCCUUGUAAUUUACCUAGCCUUACAGUAUUUCAGAAAGUUUUCCACCAAAACUGCAUCUAGUCACUGCUUGUCACAAUUAUAAAAGAGAUAUAUUUAUAAACCUGUAGCUUCUAGCUGCCAUUAAAGAUUAAUGAGACAAAUCAUGA